AUGGCUAUCGGCUUCACCAAAAUCCGUUAUGGUCAUGCCGUCGCGGCACAGCACGCUCGCAACAAGAGAGAUGCAGCCUGCGAGAGCGGCGGUCUGUACAAGACCCCGACCUCGGGACAAGUCAUCUCGUCCGACUCUACAUUAGAGAUCAGCUGGGAUACUUCCUGUCUGGACUCUACGGCGGUCGACAUCUACCUGUAUGCCCCAUAUACGGCCGACCCCCGCAUACACGAAUGGCAAAAUGUCGACUACAGCUACGGCAGCUACAACACCACACUGGACCCUUCCUGGUGGAACUCGACGUCGGUGGUUUCCCUGCAAAUGAUGAUCGUUGACGCUGGGACACCUACUUUCCUGGCGACCUAUUCCGCCGGCCCCCUCUUCAAUGCGACGUAUAGCAACUCUAACUCUGGCAAGGUCACGACGUCGACGACUGGCUCUGUCACUGAUGUGGAUAACCUUCCUGGGGCCAACAAGCACGGACUAUCGGGGGGCGAUGCCGCAGCGGCAGUCAUAAUGACGCUACUCGCAGUAUGCGCAAUAGCAGUUGGAUUUUACAUCAAGCGCAGCCGUGCACGCAGCAAGGGGAAGCGACAACGGUUCAGCGUUGCGGUCGAUCAGCGCAUGUCGACGAUCUCGACGGACUGGAAGUCGGUCACGACGGCGGGUGCCGCGGCGGCGAUUCGGAACAGCAUGAUGGUGUCGGACAGCGAGGCCGGGAAGCGGUCUUCGUCCUUCUCCUUUGGCGCCAUCCGGCCAUCCAGCACAAUUGGUCUCGAGGGCGGUCAGGCGGGGGUUGGCACGAUGGGAUUGCAGAUGAGCGAGAAGAUGAGCCUGGAUUUGAGUACUCCGCCAGUGCCACAGGCGCGUCCACGCGCUCGUGCAUCUACCUUCACUGCCGCAGAUCGCGCGUCGCGUGUUUCUCGUGUAUCUUUCGCACCAGACGCCAGGCCGGUAUCAGAGUACCGGCGCACGCGUGCGUUCCACACUGGUCAUCUUCCGCCGAUCCCCGACACGAACGUGCGGGAGGCGGGAGAGCUAUCGCCCACUCAGGCUGAAGGGCCGAUGGAUUUGACCGCCGAGGAUAUCCGACAGCGCAUGGCGGGACAUGAUGGAGCAGGCCGCUCGAGCUUGGAUGCGAUGAUGCCUGCGCUAUCUAUGAUGCGCACUGGUGGUGAUAGCCCGACUACGGCCAACGAGGACCUAUUUGCUGCAGCCAGUCUAAGCAGGUCACCUCCCGUCCUCCCAUCCAUGCUGCCUACGCCGCCCCUGCCUGUGCUACAGACUACCGAGUCGCCCGUGAUGCAUACAAUGUCCAUGACCACUAUCCCAGCCACCAUGUCGCCUGACGAUAUGCUUCGUGCCUACGCGGAGCGCACGCUGCGCUCGCCACCGCCAAUUACCCCACCUGCCGCCAGCUAUAAUGGUGGUGGCAUGCGCACGCUGUAUGCUUCUGUAGCCCCCGAUGCGCCCCCGCCCGCAGCGCUUGCACCACCGUCCUCCGGAUCUCUAUAUCCCAGUAGCCCACAACACGGGGAUGGCAUAUAUCGCCAAAGCUUCGCACCAACUGAGGACAGCCGGUACGGCGAAGAGAACGUGGAGCAUGGCACCGCCGAGUAA